UUCCUCAAAAGAGGCUUGGUAUGAGGUAGUCUGGCAGUAUAAAAGUCCUGCAGCAGGACGUUUUUCCACAUAGCAUCCGACAACAUGAAGGUCCUGCUGCUCUCCAUGGCUCUUCUGCUGCUGUGCAGCACACAAGUGCUCACACUGACAUGCUUCACCUGCCAGGAUGAGAAUGACACUAUCUGCAAGACGGAGACAGUGUGCCACAGUGCCAACCAGUACUGCAAAACCUACAAAAAGGGCGACGUACUGUCUCGAAGCUGUGAGAAUUUCUGUGCUGAGGACUUCUUCACAGUCUGCUGCCAAGAGGACCUGUGCUAGAGCUGAAGCUUCUGUCUGCUUUUACUCCCCUGUUACUACAAAGCCCAAUGAUGAAGGAAAUCAUAUAAAUUCUACCGCCUUACGAGAUGAUUUUACAUAUCAGAAUCUUCUGUGAUUUAUUUUCAGUCCUUGUUUCUGCUUUUAAAUAAAAAUACACAAAUGUUGACCAAAA